AUGUCUGACUAGCCUGAAGACUUAGACUCAGCUAAUAUAACCCCAUUAAAUCUAAAUCGAGCAGAUUCUAAUUUUAAUAACCACUAGGAUCUCACCCCUGAUUAGACAGAAAUCUCAUAGCCUUAAAGCAAAGAAGAGCUUAAGUAAGAAGAGUAAUAGAUACCAUAUGAAUCAUUGGUACUUACUUUGAAAAAAUAGAGCAAUGAGUUAAAGAAGAAUGAGAUCUUCAAAAAGAAGAUUGAAGAACGUUAUAAAGAGAAGGUCAAAUAGUUGAAAGAUACAUAGAAGGAAAAGACCAUACUUGAGGACUUUAUCAAACAAGUGAUUCCCUCCAAUUAUAAUGGCAAAAAUUUUAAUGUGUUUGAUAAAGAAGGAAAACUUCUCAUGGACUUAGAAACAAUGAUAAAGUCACAUGCUGAAAUUAUGAAUGCCUUGGUAUAGCAAUAGAAUAGUGCUAAUAAUUAAAGUUCGUAAUAAUAGCAGUAAAAGCAACCGUAAAAUUAGCAAUAAGUUGGAUUUGAUGACUUACUGCCAUUGUAUAAGGAAGAAAAUGAAAACCUCAAAAGAAAGAUAAUGGAUCUAACAACAAUGUAUAAACAAGAAUAAUAGAAAAAUCAAGCACUCUAAAAUAACUCAAUAAAUAUCAGAUUUAAGGAAGCUGAGAGAUAGAUUAAGGGAUUCGAAGAUUUAGUUAAAGAGAAAGAUGAGCAAAUUGAGAGUUUGAGAAAUGUAGCAAAUGAGUAUUAAGAGAUGAAGGGCAAAUAAUUAUUGCAGGUGAUCAAGACAGGUAAAACAGGACUUGAAAAUAAUCAAUAAUCCGGUGUUGAUAGUGAUGAGCUCUAACUACUUAAGUAGCAACUAUCUGACAAGACUAAUAAGAUACUAGACUUGACAGAAUAACUCUCACUAGCUAAUCAAACAAUUAAUGCCAUAGAGGAAAGCAAUAAACUGAAGUAAAGUCAAGUCAUAGAUUAAGAGGAAAUUAUAAAAGCUGAGAGUAAUGAUAGAAGAUAAAGCGAAAACAAUCUUAAAGCUUAUUCCUAAUAUGGUGAUGAUUCAUUAGAUGAAGUCUAAAUUCUUAGAUAGAGAGCUUAAGAUCUCGAACAAAUUAAAAAUGAUCUAUACGACUAAAUUGAGCAUAGCAAACUCAAAGCUCGUAAUCUUCUAAUAAAAAAGGAUGUUCAUAUCUAGAAGAUAAAAAUGGUUGUAUAAAAAUUUGAAUACUAUUUGAAGAAUUAAAAAGGUUUGACGCAGGAUGAGAUCAAUAAAAUUGGAAUGCUAAGAGAAGAAGAAAUUUAAAGGCUAAAAGAACUAGAAAAAGAUUUAGAGUAAGAGGAUCCUACUUCUGACUGGGAUGAAAUUAGUUCUCAAAACCUAGAAGUGCUAAAUAAUCUAGAUAAGUAACUGGUUAAAAAUAAUAUCAAUGUCAAAGAUAAUACAGUUAAUGCCCCAGGAGACGAGUACCUUAAAAAUAUUGAGUACAUCAAGAACAUAUUUGUUAAGUAUCUAGAAUACCUUGCAUAGAAUAACAUGAAGCAAAUUGGCCCCUUAGAAAGUAUUCUAUUUAAUAUGCUAAAUCUUACUACUGAAGAUAUUUAAAGACUAAACUUAUUGAGGAAGUAGAAUACUUUUUGGAAGAAAGUGAUUCCAUUUUAAAAUGUUAAUCAACCAUUGAUGAAAAAUAAAUUCAAUGCAAGUGAACUAAAAAAGAAGCUAUUCGGUGGAGUUCAGUAAUUUAUGAGUAAAGAUAACUUAAAUACUACUUUUGGCUUUAAUGGCCUCCCAUAAAAUAGACCAAGUAUAAGUAGACCAACUAAUGAUAUGGCUAGUCGAGGUAGUAUUACAAGCUAGCUUAACACUAUGGGUGUUGCUAAUUUAAAUGACUCGUUGGCGGUUGAUGACUUUAAAAUGGCUUCUGACUUGGGUUAAUCUCCAAAAAGACUUGAAGAGGUGAAAGUAAAUAAAUUUAAUCAUUAGUAUUGA